UUGCCGUCUUUUUCUUACCCUUCCUCAUCAGAAAAUGUAUAAACACCUGAAAAGCUGUUAAUCUCCUGUCGCCGCAAUUUAUGAAAAAUAAGCAAAGCUUACGAAGUGAGAAAUCGGUGCUAUGGAAAAUUGCUAUUCAGUUUCUAGAAUCUUCGACAAAGGCGCACACAUGGCGGACAAACAGUUCAUCGUUGCUCAUUUAUGCGGCGGCGCAAUUAUUGGAACUUUCCGGCGAAGAGUCGGUUCGAAUUGCGCCGGCUUAAAAUAACACGGUCCUUCACUGGAGCUGAUUCAAUAGAACAGAACCCAUCUGCUGGCGAUGUAGAGCUGUCAUUGGUGGUCUUUAAUGUGCACGAUUCCUACAGUGCUUGCAUGUUACAAAGAAGUGGCUGGACAAGAAACAUAGAUGUGUUUUUCCAGUGGCUAUCAGCUCUACCUUUCUCAGGUGGUGGUUUCAAUGAUGUUGCAGCUGCAGAAGGCCUUGCUUCAGCAUUAAUGAUGUUUUCUUCAUUCAAUGGAAGCCAACAAACUCAACAAAAUGCUGAUGGGCAAAGACAUUGCAUACUUGUUGCCGCAAGUAACCCUUAUCCAUUGCCUACACCAGUUUAUUAUCCAGCUAUGCUGAAUCUGGAGCAGAGUGGGAAUAUUGAAGCACAUACCAGUCUUCGACUAGCUGAUGCUGAGAUAGUUGCAAAGGCAUUUCCUCAGUGCUCUGUUUCCCUCUCUGUUAUAUGCCCAAGGAAGCUUCCGAAAUUAAGAGCAAUAUAUAAUGCGGGAAAACACGAUCCGCAAGCAGCUGACCCGCCUGUUGAUACGUCUAAGAAUCCGAAUUUUCUUGUAUUAAUUUCGGAAAAUUUCAGCAGGGAUUGUGCUGCUUUCAGUCACACUGAAAUGGAAAGUUUGGCGCCAAACCAGAGCCUGGUUGAAAUGGAUAUGACUUCUGUGCCUCCAAUUUCCGGGCCAGCUAAUUCAUCAGUUAUGAAUCAACAACCCAUUUCAGCUGGAAAUAUUCCUGCUGCACCGGUAAAUAUCGAGCCCGCCAUGGCGACCUCUGUUGGUAGACCUGCACCUCCACAUAUUCCUACUGCUCAUCCUACUUCUCAAGUUGCUGCAAGCUUGCAAAGUGGUUUACCUAUUUCUAUUUCAGAGGAGAUGGUUCCGAAUAAUGAGAAUACUAAGGAAACAACACCUAUUGUCAGUGUGAUGACACAGUCCUUAGGUCCAUUUAGUGGUGCAGCUGCUAAUGUCAGAAUAUUGAAUGAAGUGGCUUCUGCUAUAUCUACUGCUCCAACUGUAUUAACAUCGGGGCAGCUAGGUUUCACAUCAAUGACUGGGUUUGCUCCAAUUGCCAGAACUGAUCAGAUAUCUCAAAACUUCGGUCCUGCAUCAUUAACUUUGAUGGCUCCCAGUAUGUUUGGGAAUUCUAACCUUUGCAUGUCCCAACCAUUGAGCAAUAUCCUAGGAGGCACUGGUGCAGGCAGUCAAACAGUACCUGUAAUGAGUCGAGGAAAUCUUCCCGGGUCUCAAAUGAUGCAAAGCGGGAUAGGCAUGCACCCGAAUGUGCCGAGUGGAACAGGUAUUGGUAUGCCUUCGGGACAACUGUUGAGUAAAAUCCCAGGAGCCAUUGGUGCAGGCAGUCCAACAGCACAUGUAAUGAGUCAAGGAAAUCUUCCUGGGUCUCAAAUGAUGCAAAGCAGGGUAGGCAUGCACCAAAAUGUGCCGAGUGGAAUGGAUACUAGUAUGCCUUUGGGACAAUUAUUGAGUAAUAUCCAAGGAGGCAUUGGAGCAGGCAGUCUCACAGUACCUGUAAUGAGUCGAGGAAAUCUUCCUGGGCGUCAAAUGAUGCAAAGCGGGAUAGGCAUGCACCGGAAUGUGCCAACUGGAAUGCAUACUGGUAUGCCUUCGGGACAACUGUUGAGUAAUAUCCAAGGAGGCAUUGGUGCAGGCAGUCUAGCAGCACCUGUUAUGAGUCAAGGAAAUUUUCCUGGGUCUCAAAUGAUGCCAAGAGGGAUAGGCAUGCACCAGAAUGUGCCAAGUGGAAUGGGUACUAGUAUGCCUUUGGAAAUUGGCAGAAUGAUGCCUACUCCAGGGAUGACUCAACAAGGACAGCCUGGAAUAUUGGCUCUUGGCAGGAAUAACAGUGCAGAAGCUAACAUGUCUCUAUCUCAGCAGCAAACAAUGGCUACAUCACCAUCAGCUCAGUCAGGUUACCUCAAAAGCUGGGAGGGAAAUUUAUCAAUUGUGAAAAGGCAUGAACCUGAACAUAUUUCGAGACUACAGGGGUACAAGAGAUCAUCAGCUUCUGAAUCGAGAGUGUAUCAUUAUGUUUCAAGGUUAAGAUGGUACGGAGAUGGCAACAUUUAUCACGUAAAACUGAAGAACUGAUGUUGAGGACUCAAAAAUAAGAUAGAUUUCAUUUCUCGUGAAUUUAACCUCUCAAGUUCUUGCAACAGCAGCGAACUGAAGAUUGGUGAAGAGACGAAAGACCUCUUGUUAAGUUUCAAAACUUGUUACUUUGGGAGAGAUGGGUGAUUUUAGUCUGAUGAGCCUUCUCAAUAUUCUUUUACUGGAGGUCAUCCAAUUUCCUCUCUUAGUAAUGAAAAGGAGAAAGUGUAAGGCCUCAUUUGUUUGCAGUCAAUGAAGAUUUUACUCUUAUUUAGAUCUCAGAUUUUAGUCAUCAAGUCUUUUGUUUUUUAGGUCUAAAUCUAUUCAGAUCUUAAUCUUUAACAGCGUUUGUUCUUUAAUUUUACAAUCAUUUAAUUGAUCUGAAUGAUUAAGAUCUAUAA